UGCUGUAGCUGUCCGUGUCGCUGCAGUGUUGCGCUUUCCUGUUUACGGGCGGGAAGAGCGAACUGUGGGAGCUUCUGGGUUUAAAUCGGCAGCACAGCUCUUUUAAUUCUCCUUCAUGCGAGUAGCUUGCACGUUUUGAUGAUUCACAGGGCGCUGCGAGGUCAAGAGGAUACGCUUUAAGUGGACUGCUGCUAAAAACUAAAGGGUUUUUUGGAGACGCAGGGCAGAUGGAGGAUCCUCCAACAGAUUCUGGUGGUGGUGGCGGCAGUGCAGCAGCGGAGGGCCCCGCGGUACAGGUGGCGGAUAUCUGCUGUCCGGCCGGGGCUCUCCCUCUACGGCUCCUUGAGUGGAAAGUCAAACCCGGCUCUCUUGUUAACGUGGACUCCGUGUUAGCUCUGUGUGCUCCCAUGCCUCAGGAGAAGGGGGCAGAGGCUGCCAAGCUGCCAGAGAGGAAGGUGAAAUCCAACCGUGCUGGAGUAGUGAAGGAGCUAUGCUGUCAACUUGGACAAGUCAUACCUCCCGGAGGCAUCAUCGCCAGAAUAGAAGAAUGCAGCCAUCCCAUAGUCAUGAAGGGUUUAUGUGCAGAAUGUGGCCAGGAUCUGACUCAGCUCCAGAGCACAAAUGGAAACCAGCAAACUCCCAUCUCCACAGCAACAGUCUCCAUGGUGCACAGUGUCCCCGAGCUGAUGGUCAGCUCUGAGCAAGCAGAACAGCUGGGCAGGGAAGACCAGCAGAGACUCCACCGGAACAAAAAGCUGGUCCUCAUGGUAGAUCUGGACCAGACACUGAUCCAUACCACUGAACAGCACUGCCAGCGUAUGUCCAAUAAGGGUAUUUUCCAUUUCCAGCUCGGCCGAGGAGAGCCUAUGCUCCACACACGACUACGCCCACACUGCAAAGAAUUCCUGGAGAAAAUUGCCAAACUUUAUGAGUUGCAUGUCUUCACAUUUGGGAGCCGCCUCUAUGCACACACCAUUGCUGGCUUUCUGGACCCUGAAAAGAAGCUUUUCUCUCACCGAAUCCUUUCUAGAGAUGAAUGCAUCGAUCCGUACUCCAAGACAGGGAAUCUUAGGAAUCUUUUCCCUUGUGGGGAUUCGAUGGUCUGUAUAAUCGACGACCGGGAGGAUGUGUGGAAGUUUGCACCGAACCUCAUCACUGUGAAGAAAUACAUCUACUUCCAGGGCACAGGAGACAUCAACGCUCCCCCUGGGUCACGGGAAGCUCAGAUGGCCAAGAAAGGAGGCCCCUCAAGUCGACCGACGGAGAGCACAGAUCAAGGAGGAACACCUGGUGCUGAUGAGCAAAAUAAUGGUCUCAGGAAAAGGGCAAAGGACCACAAUGUUACUGCAAAAGAAGAGUCAGCAACACCUCAAUCUUCUCAGGGAGUACCAACAAAUGAAGUGACACACCCCACUGGGGUUGGGGAGGAUGAACUAGGGCAAAGUAAAGAGUCAGAGACUGAGACAGAGUCUGGGGCAGAGUCAAAGGAAACUCAGGUGGGUGACAAAACAGAUGUUAAAGAAGAUGGGACGCGAGAGGCACAGGAAGGCACAAAUUCAUCUGCACCAAGCCAUGAAUCCAAUAAUUUAGACUUUGAUCUUUCCAGUGACAGUGACAAUGACUCCAUUACAGAAAAGCCCCCAUCAACAGACAGUGAUAGUGAGGGCAGGUCUUGUCAGACGAAGGAAUCUGGACAGGAAGGAGUCAUGCAGGAGCCAACUGAUGGGAAUAGAGAAAAAGAAGAGGACAGUAAAGGUCAGGGUGAUGGUGAAAACAGCUCUGACGUAACAGAACCCUCAGGAGUUCUUCUCCCCGACCCCGAGCUCGGAAAUGGCUGCUCAGACAGGAAAGAGCCCGAAACAGAGUCACAAAACAGUGAACUGUCUGGGGUUACCAUGGGAGAGGAGCUGCUGGACCAGAGUAUGGAAGAUGAGGAGGAAGAAGAGGAAGAAGCCGAUAAUGACCAGGAUGACCACCUGAUCUACCUGGAGGAAGUGCUGGAAAGGAUCCACGCAGAGUACUACUCCCGCUACGAAGCCUAUCAGAGGAAGGAGGCCCCCGAAACGCCAGACAUUCGCAAGAUUGUCCCAGAGCUGAAGAGCAAGACGCUAGAGGGAACGAUGAUAGUAUUCAGCGGUCUAUACCCCACCAACUACCCCAUGGAGAGGACGCGUGAAUUCUACCAUGCCAAAGCACUUGGGGCCAAGAUUGGCAAAAAUUUGGUUUUUAGCUCCCAAGACCCCAAUCGGACAACACAUCUCAUCGCAGCAAGAGCUGGUACCGAAAAGGUUCGUCAGGCCCAAGGCUACAAGUACCUUCAUGUUGUCAACCCUGACUGGCUGUGGAGCAGUCUAGAGCGCUGGGAGAGAGUGGAGGAGCAGCUGUACCCACUGAAGGAGGAUUACUCUAAAACACCACGGAGCAACAGUCCAGCAGCUUUUUCUGACAGUCAAGGCUCCCUACAGAAGACCAUUUUCCACCCAGCUCCCAUCCACCCCAGACCUCCUCCACCAGCUCCAGAAGUUCGAACAUAUGACCCCGUCACAGGGAAGCUGAUCCGCAGGGGCCCUCAGUUGUCACGUUCACCGCCUCUUGUCCAGGCGUCAGGGUCUUCAUCGCUCUCUGAUCAAAGAGAGCAGUCUAGUCUCAGGGGAACUUCACAAAGUCAGCAAGAAGAGGCUCCUCGGGGUGGUCAAGGCGACGGCGACCCAGGACCGUCUCGUCGAAAACGGCAGCCGAGCAUGUCAGAUAUAAUGCCUUUGUACACACUUUGCAAGGAGGACCUCGACAGCAUGGACAAAGAGGUGGACGAAAUCUUAGGCGAGGAAAGCGACAACGAGAGUGACAACGAGAGUGAAGGCCCAGGGAAGGAGAAGCCAAGUAACGAGGAGAUGGAGGACGAGGAGACGGUGCAGCAGCAGCAGCAGCAGCAGCAGCAGCACCAGCCUGGAGCUGGACAAGCAGCUGAGGGAGGGCUCGGUCCUCAGGCGGUGAGCGUGGAGGAGAGACUUCAGACGCCUUCCAGUGAGGCCACUCUGUCCCAUAGUGUCCCAAGGGGCCACAAACGUAAGCUCGAUGAAGUCAAGGAGGACGAAGACGCAGACGAUGUGGAGGAGAAGCAGGAAGGGAAAGACUCCAACGAGGAAGAGGAAGGCAGCAGCUCGGAGGCAGGAGAGAUGCUCGCCGCUUUGGAGGCAGAACUCAAUGAUUUUAUGUGAGGAAACUGAAGGGGUUCAGUCACCGAAAAGAGACAACAAACACCCAACCCUAGUCGGCCCCACAAGUGGUACCUAAAAACUUAUUUUUUGGAGUCUGUGUGUUAUUAGGAUGUAUGAGCCAUGAAUGUGUGCUGUAACAAACAGUGUAUGUCCUGUACAGAAAUGACACAUCGCGGUGUAAAUAAAGGCUUAGAUUGUUGUAGCAUUCAUAUACAGCCUUUUUGGCAUAAACCCUUUGAUGUUAACAUUUUAUUGUAAGAUAACGAACUGUAGGAGACAUGGAAUUUGAUACUUUUUGGUUUUUCUAUUUCAAUUUUUAUAAUGAUGAAAAAAAAAAAAGAUGAGUGAAAACUGUACAUUUUGCUGAUUGUACAUGCCAAAGAGUUUGGAAUAGGUUUGCCAAGGCGUGCAGCUAAAGAUUUUACUCUCGACUUCCAGUUUUAUUAUGGUUUUUUUUGGCCUCCUCAACAGUUUUUUUUAAGUGUCAUAAAUGCAACCAGCGGAUCGAGACGUUUGAAUGUGUUUCUUCCAGUCGUUUCUUCCUCCUCAUAGUGUUUGUACAUUUGAUAACAGAAUAAUAGGAUGUUCAGUAUUAUGUUGCUCACGUCUCUUUUUCUUGAAACACUCUUCAUUGUUGAUGUCCCACUUCUGCUCACGUACACUGGAGAUAGCCAAACUAUGCUUUUUUUAAAGAAUUAAGUCACCCAAUUUACCGAAAUAAAGAGAUCUUUGUUUCCAUAGCUUACCUUCAGCAUUAUCUGCCCUUGCAGAUUUGCAGUUUCGAUUUUAGCCUGUUAGACUUCCGAGCUCUGCGGGUCAAACCAAACUGUGCAUCAGUAAUCUCAGAAACCUGUGUUUUAGAGAAACAAUCCAGAAUUUUGGGAAAUAUGCUUUGUUGUUGAGUUAACUGAGGACAAAGCUGCCACCAGAAGCUGCACAAUUUCUGGAAAAAGGAGGAAAAAAAUGGCUAGUUUAGUUUGUUAACAUUUCCUGUUCCUAGCUUCUAAAAUCCCAGAAUUGAGCGCUUUUCCUUUUACUCAUAUGAUAUAAAAGUGAAGACCUCGUCAUCCUGUUCGGACGAAACAUUUGAACCAUUUUAACAGACGCCUUGACUGGAGUUUUUGACAGACAUUACGAUCAUUGGAGUUUUUAUUUUGGAUUUUUAAACAAAGAAUUGGUAGAGCUGAUGAGGGGGGUCCUCUGACAUUCUCAGACUUUAAUGUGGUAAAUUUAUGAGAAAAAUGCAUUAAUAUAUGAGAAAAGAUUUAAUAUUCGCUGAUAAUUUAGCUAUAAAAUAAAUCACUAGAGAGUAACUUAAUCUGGGGUGUAUUUUUUAAAGCAACGAUGCUGAUUGGUCAUACAAAUAUUAAAGGAAUGCUGCAACAGACAGUCUCCAUGAUCAUGGUAGAGGAAAGCUAUGGGAUUCCUUGAUAAUAUUAAAUAAUAACCAAUUCUGAACUUUAGAAUCUCAGCAAAUGUUUGGGUGUAUUUCACAUUAAUUUUUUUUCUUUCCUGCAAAUUUAUCACAUCUCACAGAACAUUUAGGUUUGUUUAUCCUAAAUGGACAACUUUUUACAAGUUUUUCCUUGAAAUAAUUCCCUCAUCCCUUCCACUGCCUCUGUUUAACAAAAUUAAAUAAAAAAGCUAACAUAAUGAUGCAACACAUUGACGCUUAAUCAGAAGAAUGUUCCUACUUUUGACCAGGGCAUUGCUAGUCCUUUGUCCCACCAGUGUUUGUGCUAAGCUGCCUGGCUACCUGCCGCCAGGUCUCUGCAAGAAAGAAAACAAGCAUAUUUCCCAGAAAUCUGAGCCGUUCUUUUUACUGAAAUGGAAAUUGACAAAAACGGGGGAAAUGAAAAGAAAAACUUGGCACCAUUUUUUACUACAUUAUACACAGCUUGACAGGCCUGGUGAUUACAGACAGUACAAAAAAAUGGAGGAGCACUGCAAGGAAAAUUAGAUAACAAUGUCUAUCUUUUUUGUUUGUUUUAGACACUCUGAUUCACAUAUUAGAAACUUUGGUCACACACCUAUCCAGGAAUUGAGUUCUGCACUUGUGUACCACUGUAUUUGACUGUUUUCUGUUUGUUUGUUUUUGUAUUUGCUGCACAUUUCUGUUUACUGCACAUACCGUCACAUUGUGAAUUAGUCAUUACUAUGUGAAAGUGUUGAAGAGCUUUUCUUCUGUUGCUCAAGCUAGAGAAGUACAUUCCGGUCGUUGAUUAAACCCCUGAAAACUCAUCUAUAUGUUUUUAAAAAGGAACAGCCUAGGUGUAACCCUGAUUUCUAAAGUCCCUGCCUCUCUCUCCACUGACCCUCGACACUCAUGGCAGCUCGAGCACACCAGCUCACUUACAACUCUGCUCAAACACUGUAAAGCCACUCUAACUUGCAUAAUGGCAAGUUGUAGUUUUAGAAUAAUCCAGUCGUACAUGUUUGAAUCAGAAAGAAGUACAAAGAUCCAGAAAGCUCCACCCUGCCAGGUGACAGGAUUGCUUCUUUAGAUUUGUUAUGUAUGAAAACCUGGAAGUCUGAAUCCACGUUUCUGAGACUGUUAUUGCAGUUUCAAGGUGGGAAUGUUCAGCCACGGUGCUGACCGCUUUUUUCACUCAUGAAGUGUCUUCCAGCCUUAAAAAAAAACACCAUAUGGACAUGUUAACAAGAUUUAAAAAAAGAAAAAAAAUCUUAAUUUUAACUGGAGGGAAUCUUUAAUAAUUCAUCAAGAACAUCUUUCUCCUUAAAAUGCCCUCAUUAGUGGGACGAUUCAAAAUUCUCACUGUCAACUGUGUGUGUAAGGACUGCUGUAUUUUUAGGUGUGUUCAUGUUUUACAGUUUUCCACCUCCAUUGUGUUGGGGACAAGGCAGAUGUCUCGCACACCAACACGAAAACGCCGCAUGAGAUAGGUCCAUGUGAAAUGUCUUUUAGAUCACAUUUGGCCAGAUGUUAGUGCUCUAUGAAAAUGAGAUAACUGUUGAUGGGUGAAGCAGCACUCACCAGCAUCCUGUCCCUUUGCUGGUUUAAACCAACCCGACUGUGUUGUUUGCACUCAACCGACAUCCCAUAUUACACAAUUCGAUCUUGAGCAGCCACCAUGCAAAGGUGUGGAGUUUGACUAAUGGAGCGUAUGCUGCAGCAGGGUUGCUUACAUUCAGCCCUGAUGUUUACCAUCUGCUUUGAGUCAAACCCACAGCGCUCGGUCUGUGUCUCUCCUCAACCACUGAACUUUAAACGGCGACAGAUCUUCUUCUGUAGAACUAAAUAAUUGUAACUACUGACCUAAAGCAAAGAGGGCUGACAUCUGUGUGAAUAUCUGUCCUGUAGAUGUUUUUACCGUCGACUUCUUUUUACUCAAAAAACAUAAACAAUAUUUUACGGUGACAUCCAUCCUGUGUGUGUAGUGCUUCAAUCAAACAACUGACAUGUAUAGUAUUUGUAAAGUCUAUUUCCUACCUGACCCAGAGAGAAAGGAUACUUUCAUUGAAUAAAGAUGUUUCUAAAUAAUACAA